AUGGCAGCCCCAACUCAGCUCGCGUAUCGAACCUCAAAGGACGUGGGAAUUUUGGAUGCCUCUCCUGUCUAUGAACCACUAGCCGGUUUCACCAGGCCAGAAGGAAACCUGCGCUGCUGCGCCUACUCGCCGUGCGGCAGGUACUUUGCAUGGGCUGCGCCCGACGGAGUUUCGAUCAUCGACCCAUCCGUUGGUUACACAGUCGCCACUCUCCCUGCAGAGAACGUCUACGAGCUCGGGUUCUCGCCCCUGGGCACCUAUGCAAUCACGUGGCAGCGCCCAUCCAAAGACGAAAACGGCGAUGCAGUGAGAAACUUGAAAGUCUGGGCGGUCGUGGCGGAGAGCUCGCCCGACGAAGGUGCUGCUUCGCGUGUACCCAUUGGGAGCUUUGUGCAGAAGUCGCAAACCGGCUGGAACUUGCAGUAUACUGCCGACGAAAAAUACUGUGCUCGCGUGGUCACGAAUGAGGUCCAGUUUUAUCAGAGUGCGAACCUGAGAACGGUAUGGAAUAAACUACACGCCGAAGGUGUCGUUGAUUUUGCUGUCUCGCCGGGACAAAAUCAUGCUGUGGCGGUCUUUAUUCCAGAACGCAAGGGCCAACCCGCCGCUGUGAAGGCGUUUAAUAUCCCACAAUUUACUCUGCCGAUCUCGCAAAAGACUUUCUUCAAAGGCGACAAAGUCCAGAUGAAAUGGAACAAGUCCGGGACAACCGUGAUCGUUUUGGCUCAAACGGAAGUCGACAAAACCGGGAAGAGUUAUUAUGGAGAAACCACAUUGUAUGUGCUCGGCACGGAUGGGUUUGACUCAAGAAUCGAUCUUGACAAAGAGGGCCCGAUUCAUGAUGUUACCUGGUCUCCGAACUCCAAAGAAUUCGGCGUCGUCUACGGUUACAUGCCAGCAAAGACCACUAUCUUCAAUUCAAGAGCAGUUGCAACACAUUCCUUUGCCCUCGCGCCACGAAACACUAUUGUCUUUUCUCCUUUUGGACGAUUUGUCAUUGUGGCCGGUUUUGGUAAUCUUGCCGGCCAGAUGGACAUCUAUGAUUUGGAAAAGAACUAUGCGAAAGUCGCCACAAUCGAAGCAUCCAACGCCAGUGUUUGCGAAUGGAGUCCCGAUGGGAAGUACAUUUUGACGGCGACCACCAGCCCUCGGCUUCGCGUUGACAACGGCGUUCGCAUCUGGCAUGUUGGCGGCGCGUUGAUGUAUAACGAGGACAUGAACGAGCUCUACGACGUCUGCUGGCGGCCACAGUCCACCACCAGCCACCCGCAAGAAAACCCUCUCCACCCGAUGCCGAAUCCCCAUCCGUCUGCGCUGGCCUACUUGGCCAAGACAAAGACGCCCUCGAAGCCAGUGGGCGCCUAUCGGCCGCCCGGGGCUCGCGGCCAGAGCACUCCGAUGUCAUUCCGCCGAGAAGACGAAGGCGGCGCUGCUUUCGUUCGAGACGAUCGCCCCAACACGUUCGGGCCCAGCGCGAAUGCGUUUGGCAAGCCAAGGCGCCGUGUGGUUCCUGGGGCGGAGCCCAUCGACGAAUUCCUCCCUCCUGGAGCCGCUCCAGGCGGAGGCGUGGCGCUGCCGCCGGGUGCGCAGGCGGACGACAAGCUGUCCAAGUCCGCCGCGCGAAACAAGAAAAAGCGCGAGGCGAAGAAGGCCAAGGAGUCGCUCGACAACAAAACGCAGCCGAACCUCGCGGUCGAGGGCGAGCAGCCCGGCCCAGCUGCCAGCCAAGCCGGCGGCCGGCGCGACCAUUCUCGCAGCCGAUCCCGCGGCCACAACUCGCAGCAGUCCUUGGACCCGAACGCGCUUGGCCGGCCGUACCGCGAUCGCAGCCGCAGCGGCCACCGGCAUCAGAACAGCGAUGUGUUCAAGGGCAACGGGACGCCCCGGCCGGCGCACUCCAGAGGCCCCCCAGCACAGGCGAACCAUCGACCGGCAGCGAACGGCACGCCCGGCCCUCUCCCGGACGUGACGGUGACGUCUCCCGCGGCGGCGGCCGGGAAUCCGUCCACGCCGCAGGAGAAGAAGAUCCGUGGCCUGCUGAAGAAGAUGCGGGCCAUCGACGAGCUCAAGAUGCGCUUGGCGGGCGGCGAGAAGCUGGAGGAGACGCAGAUGAAGAAGAUCCAGACGGAGGAGUCGGUGCGCAGGGAGCUGGAGGGUCUUGGAUGGAGCGGGUAG